AUCCCUAGACAGAACCAGACUUUGGACCAGGUGUCCUGCUGCUCCUGCUGGGACUCCUUCAGAUGUCAUGGAGCUGGAUCUGUCUCCACCUCAUCUCAGCAGCUCCCCAGAAGACCUGUGCCCAGCCCCCGGGACCCCUCCUGGGACUCCCCCGCCCCCUGAUACCUCUCUGUCUGGGGAAGUGAAGAGAUCCCAGCCUCUGCCCAUCCCAACCGGCAGGAAACUUCGAGAGGAGGAGCUGCGGGCAACCUCUCUACCUUCCAUCCCCAACCCCUUCCCUGAGCUCUGCAGUCCUCCUUCACAGACCCCCAUUCUUGGGGGGCCCUCCAGUGCAAGGGGGCUUCUCCCUAGAGAUGCCAGCCGCCCCCAUGUGGUGAAGGUGUACAGUGAAGACGGGGCCUGCCGGUCAGUGGAGGUGGCCGUGGGCGCCACUGCUCGCUAUGUGAGCGAGAUGCUGGUGCAGCGAGCUCACGCCCUGAGUGACGAGAACUGGGGGCUGGUGGAGUGCCACCCCCACCUAGCGCUGGAGCGGGGUUUGGAGGACCACGAGUCCGUGGUGGAAGUGCAGGCCGCCUGGCCUGUGGGGGGAGACAGCCGCUUUGUCUUCCGGAAAAACUUCGCCAAGUACGAACUGUUCAAGAGCUCCCCACACUCCCUGUUCCCAGAAAAGAUGGUCUCCAGCUGCCUCGAUGCACACACAGGCAUAUCCCAUGAAGACCUCAUUCAGAACUUUCUGAAUGCAGGCAGCUUCCCCGAGAUCCAGGGCUUCCUGCAGCUGCGGGGGUCAGGACGCAAGCUUUGGAAACGCUUCUUCUGCUUCCUGCGACGGUCUGGCCUCUAUUACUCCACCAAGGGCACCUCCAAGGAUCCGAGACACCUGCAGUAUGUGGCAGAUGUGAAUGAGUCCAACGUGUACACGGUGACCCAGGGCCGCAAGCUCUACGGGAUGCCCACGGACUUUGGCUUCUGUGUCAAGCCCAACAAGCUUCGAAAUGGCCACAAGGGGCUUCGUAUCUUCUGCUGUGAGGAUGAGCAGAGCCGCACCUGCUGGCUGGCAGCCUUCCGCCUCUUCAAGUAUGGGAUGCAGCUGUAUAAGAAUUAUCAGCAGGCACAGUCUCACCACCUGCGCCCAUCCUGUUUGGGUUCCCCGCCCUUGAGAAGUGUCUCAGAUAAUACCCUGGUGGCCAUGGACUUCUCCGGCCAUGCUGGACGUGUCAUUGAGAACCCCCGGGAAGCUCUGAGUGCAGCCCUGGAGGAGGCCCAGGCCUGGAGGAAGAAGACAAACCACCGCCUCAGCCUGCCCACCCCAUGCUCAGGCACAAGUCUCAGUGCAGCCAUCCACCGCACCCAGCCCUGGUUCCAUGGACGCAUUUCCCGUGAGGAAAGCCAGCGGCUCAUCAGACAGCAGGGCCUGGUGGAUGGCCUGUUCCUAGUCCGGGAGAGUCAGCGGAACCCACAGGGCUUUGUCCUUUCUUUGUGCCAUCUGCAGAAGGUCAAGCAUUAUCUCAUCCUGCCCAGUGAGGAGGAGGGCCGCCUUUACUUCAGCAUGGAUGAUGGACAGACCCGCUUCACCGACCUGCUGCAGCUCGUGGAGUUUCACCAGCUGAACCGCGGCAUCCUGCCCUGCUUGCUGCGCCACUGCUGUACCUGUGUGGCCCUUUGACUGCCACCCCAAGCCACACAAGUCUCAGUCUGGCUUUGGACUGCCCCCUGCCCCCUCUGCUCAUCGAGAGGACUCGUAGGGUACAGAAGGUGGCAACAGGAUGACGAGUCAUUGGAGGGCUCCCCAACUCCAGUUUUCUCCUCUGCUCCUUUGCCUCCCUCAGGCAGAAAAUGCCUCUCACCCAGUCCACCUUCGACUCCUCUCCACAGAGCACCUGGCGCACUGCUCUGGGGCACGGCAUUAUGGGAAAAAUGGGGACAGCCCAGAUGGUCUUAUGCCCCACACUUUGUACAGACUGAGAGACCAGUUGAUCUGCUUUGUUUUAUA